AUGAUGGAAGAAAUUGGUGCCCAAGAGAGUCAAUCAUCAAGAUCAAGAUCAAGAUCGUUGAGAUCAAAGAAUAAGGAAGAAGAGGAAGAAAAUAGCGAAAAAUUUGAUUUUGAUUCCGAUGAGUUUGAAAUUAACCCAACAAGAAGACUAAAACUCAUUACAAGAGGAGGCCCCCCUGUCUUUUCAAAGAGGGAUAACAGUAACAAGAAUAGCACUGAUGCUGGUUCAGAUAAAGUUGCCAAGAAGAACAAGAUGGAUGCAAGCGACACGAAAAGAUUAAUUACUAGUAUGAUUUUGCAGAUCGAUGAAUGUAAACUACAAUCCCCAAAAAAGAAUCCUGAAAUAUAUUCUGAUCCAUUACCUGACUCUUUGUAUGAGUUGUUUCACAAGAGAAUGCUAAGACAUGAGAAUAGAAUGAUUGAACAAGAUGUCAUUCAAGGUGAAAACGAAGCCGAGAGAUUGACUUUGAUAGCAGAGAAACUCGAUAUGGUUACGUGGCCAAUGACUUUACAAAAAGUAACAAAGAUAAAUGAUCCCACAGAUGAUGACGAGAUGACUAGAAAGAGAGCACAGACAAUAGAUUCGAUUAAGUUUAUGCUUGAAAAGUUUAAUUUAAUGAAAAGAAAAAGUAUUGGAUUAACUGGAAUUCAAAAGGCAACGAAGGGUAAGAAUGCUAAAAUUAAUCCAUUGCGGAGUUGGUAUAAAAUCUAUAAACGUGUUGAUAGAAGCUUAAUAUAUCCUGAAUACCAUAGUUCAUCUGAUGAAGAUGAAGAAGAGAUGGAAAUUGAUAAUAUUAGGAAUCAUAGAAGAAAAUUACGGGAAGCUCAGUGUGGUGGUUCCAUUAUAAUCACCUUAAAAAAUAGCAGCAAUUAUGCAAUUGUAGCUGAACCGCUUAGAGGACCAUAUGUAGUCAAAGCGUCAGGAAAAGAAAAACGCUCAUGGAAGAAAUUGUUAAAAGGUGGUAAAAAAUUUAAGUAUCAUCCUCCUUUAUCCAAUCAGGUUGCUACCCCAAUAAGAAGAAGGAAAGUCACAUUUACCUUAAAUAAGGAAGUUUCUGAUGGGAUUACAAGCUCACGAACAGCUUCAAUAAUAAAGCCGCUUCAACUGGAGACAAACGAUGUGUCACCAAAUGAUGCUACUUUGCAUGCUAGGAAUACACAACUAGUUCAUGACCUGAAAACAACCACGGUAAUAGGGCAAAUAUCUCGUAUGUCUAGCAAUUCAACUCAAAAGAAAUCUAUAAAGUCCACUUCACAUUCUAAAGAAUACACCAAAUUGGUGCACGAUAAGGACAUAUCCUUGGAGAACGAUGAACUUAGAAAAUCAUGGGGUUAUCUACCUCAGGAUAAAACGCCAAUACUCAAAUCAACGGCGCCUCAGGGCCUUUUUUCUUUGAUAAAGAAAGGGAAACAUUUGAUAACACCGCCAAAUUUGUUUAAGAAAAAUCUUGCUCCUAAGCGAUUAAAGCAGAGGACACUACCACAAUUUAAAAGGAAGAUCAAAUCGACUGAAUCAUCGAUCAAGAAACCUCUUGAGGAUGCAAACCAAAUUCGAGAAGAACUUGCUAAGCAUUUAGAAAUGGGAACGCAGAAUUAG